GCAGUGUGUUUUGGACCAAUGUUACUACAGUAUUGGUAUAGCUUCUUCUAGUUAAUUUCUGAUUACUAUAAAAUGGUGUAUUUGGAGUCAAUUUGUACUUUAUGCCAUUUUAUUCCGAAUCCUAAGACUUAUUUUUAAAUGAGGGGAAGCGCCUUAAAAUGUUAUCCUUUCUUUAAAACUCAAGAGUGGCAAACGCGUCUCUACUAUUUGGUCCUCAAAAUUAAUCGUACACUUCUAACAACGUGUGAGAAGAAUAGACUUUGGCCUAUCAUCCUUUCUGACUUUCCUUUGGUCCAAACCAAAACACACUCCAGAAAUAAUCCAGUUUGAGACCGUUUUAACUGCUCAGUGCUAGGGGACCCCUGAGAAUUGUGGUUUGUUUUGGCACAGACAAGAGCUUGUUCUAACCAGAGGAGGCUCAAUGUCUCACUAAACUACAGUUCCCAGAAUUCCCUAGCACUGAGCCAGGGCGGUUAAAACGGUCUCAAAGUGGAUCAUUUGUGCAGUGUGUCUUGUUGCUGGGCGCAGCCCCUGAGGGGACCAGCGCUCACUGACUGACUGGAGGCCUAGACUACAACAACCAACGUUCUUUUUCUCUCUUCCGCGCGCAUGCGCUCUAGUCUCUGCCUCUUUCUCGCUUGGGGAAAAUGUGGCGCAGGUUCUAAAUUGGAACGUUGGGGGGAGCGCGCGUGCGCGUCAAGGAGGGAGGGAAGUGAGGGGCGCGCGCGCAAACCGUUAGAGUAAAUCAGCGCGCGCUCUGUUGCAGCAGCAGCAAUAACCGCCGUUGCUGCCUGCUCUUCCUCCUUUUUUGCAUGGAGCUUUCGGCGAUCGGGGAGCAGGUGUUUGCUGUGGAGAGCAUCCGGAAGAAGCGGAUCAGGAAGGGCAAAGUGGAAUAUCUGGUGAAAUGGAAAGGAUGGCCCCCCAAGUACAGUACCUGGGAGCCUGAAGAGAACAUCCUCGAUUCCCGUCUGAUUGCCGCCUUCGAGCAAAAGGAACGUGAACGUGAGCUGUAUGGACCUAAGAAGAGAGGACCCAAGCCUAAAACUUUUCUGCUGAAGGCUCGGGCCCAGGCAGAGGCCCUACACAUUGGGGAUGUACAUUUUUCUGUUAAGCCUAGUUCCAGCACAUCCUCACCAAAGCUCCACUCCAGUGCUGCAGUGCACCGGCUGAAGAAGGACAUUCGGCGAUGUCACCGUAUGUCUCGCCGUCCAUUGCCUCGCCCAGAUCCCCAGAAUAGCGGUGUGGGUGGAGGCACAGGCAUACGUCCUCCUGUCUCACCCUUUUCAGAGACAGUCCGUAUAAUCAAUCGGAAAGUGAAGCCUCGUGAGCCAAAGCGCAGCCGCAUCAUACUCAACCUGAAGGUCAUUGAUAAAGGUGGGAAAGCAUCAGGUGCGGCAGGAAGCUUGGCACGGCCCAAGAUCCCAUCACGAAACCGUGUCAUUGGCAAGAGCAAGAAGUUUAGCGAGAGCAUGCUUCGCAACCAGAUCCGCCACAUGAAAUUUGGAGGUUUCCCUCUGUACAACAAACCAUCUGCUCCAUCUCCAUCACUGGAAGGGAAGACAGAGGCAGGAAGCUCUCAAGGUGCUUCUCGUGGGCUCAUUGGCUCAGCUGCCUACGAUGCCCGCAGUUCCAGCUCCUCUGACUGCCCAUCACCAGCUCCGCACUCCUCAUCUGAUCCAGAUGAUUCACCACCAAAGCUCCUUCCUGAGACACUAAGCCCUGCCAUUCCUGACUGGCGUGAGUCAGAGGUUCUUGAUCUGUCAAUUCCUCCUGAGUCUGCAGCCACUAGGAAGCGAUCUCCUUCAGGAGGAGGUGGAGCAAAUCAGAUGCCAUCAUCGCCAUCUUCAUCUGAUCCAGAGCAGGAAGCUGGUGAUUGGCGCCCUGAAAUGUCCCCUUGCUCAAAUGUGGUGGUCACUGAUGUCACCAGCAACCUCCUAACAGUCACCAUCAAGGAAUUCUGCAAUGCUGAGGAUUUUGAGAAGGUGGCUGCAGCUGGAGGUGGUGGAGGCAGUAGUGGCGGAGGCAAAUGAGAAGCUGCAUUCCUCUUCACUGGGGUUGGGGGAGGGGGAUAGGGCAGGGAGGCUCUACUGUAAGAUCAUGCAUGGUGUGAAUGCCUGUUUUCUCCUCUCUCUCCUUUUUCACCUAUUCUUUCUGUUUUAGCUUGGAAAUUAAGAUGAUAAUGGAGGGAUUGGAGUACAUGUGCUUGAAGUUGUCAGAUGUUAAAGCUGCUAGGGGUUGUAAUGGGACAAAAAAAUUCACUUUUGUCUGCAAGGAGUGUGUUGCACUUACUUGGAGGUUGGCAAAUAAAGACAUGAACGGAUGGCAGAUAUGUUUUUAAAUGAGGAUGUUUUUCCACCCAGCUUAGUGAAACAAUAUCUACUGGCCAAAGACAUAGGCAGAUUCUACACUCCUUAUUUUACAGCUCUUCAGCUAUAACCAAAAGCUGACACAUUUCUCUUACAUCUGUGAUUUGAGUACAAUGGCUAGCACUGACUAGACUCGAAGAAGAAGCUGGGGGGGGGGCAUUAGACAAAAGAGAGAUCGUGCUGGUUAAAUAGAGUCUGCUGCAGAAUUUCUUGGGGGAUUUAUGCAUCCUAAUCUGGCAAUAUCCUCCAGCUCUUCCACCUUGCAUAAUAUUAGGGGUGCUAACUUGUUUAAUUGUAGUAGCACUUGUUGCCAGCCUGGGUGUGUGCUCCCCUUUUCAUCUGCCUUUUUACCCCUGGUUCUAGCACAUCAUGUAAAUUUGUUUUGAUCAAACUAGAGCUUCUUCAACCUUUUAAAGCUGCCAGUUUUGUCAUGUCAUCUGCUGCCAUUCCUCCUCCUUCUUACUGAGGCACUUGGCUUUUUGAACGGUGAAAAAUAGAUGAAUUCAUAUCAUACAGGAGAGAUGGAAAUGUGUGGUGAGAAAAAGCCUAUUCAUAUUUUGCAUUGGUGAACUUGAUUUUAUCAUCUUUCCUGUGUGAUGGAUGAAAAAAGCUUGCCGUGCUUUUCCUCAUCUACACAUCUCUCUAGUUGAAUGAGAUGGAAGAACUUAAAUACCUGCAAUUUCCAGUAUCUCGUGCUGCCUCUGCAAUUGCCACCAAAGGUGCUAAGAACCUUUAUAAAUCUUACUAUGUGUCUCUUAGAACUUGAGUUGUAUGUGUGGUGUGCAUGUGCAGUAUAUGUUUGCCUCCCUCCCAGCCACCUCCCCACAAUGCAUUGCUUUAAAUGAAUUCAUUCUGACUGAAACCUUAACACCUUGUCUUGAAAGCAAAUGCUAAUGUGGUUUCUUUUGCUACCUUCCCUCCACCAUCCAACAGGUGUUAAUAACUAUGAACUCAUGUAUCCAAGGUUCAUUGCAGAAGUAAAGCCACUUCUGCAAGCUUCUGCUUCAUGGCUCUCUUGUCACAUUACGUUGCAUCCUUAUUGCAAGGUUUUUCCCCCUCCUGUGUGCCUGUUCUGUUACCAGUGGCACCUGUGUGUGCGUGUGUGCCUGUGUGUGAUGUUGCCUGUUACUCUGUUUGUAAAAUUUAUUACACUGUUGGGGGCAAAGGUGUGUUUGAGGUAAUCAUUCUUAAGGGCUUGCCUGCAUGCUAUGCUGUCACUGAAAUAACCCAGUUCUUCACAUCUGUUCCCUGUAUUCCUGUUUGAACUUUCUACCUUUCAAGGGCUUGCUUAGUGUUGUUUUGUUUUUUGUUUUUUUACAAUGAGUUAAUUAUUUAUCAAUACAUGUAAAAGCUGGUGCUGCAAACAUUGUGGCUUUUUGCUCCUUGAUUGACAAGUUUUUUUGUUUUGUUUUUUGAGGUGCUCUAAUCUUGGUGUCUCACAUUAAGAAGGACUUUUUUGCUCCUUUCUCUUCUCCUUUCUUUUUUAAUGUUGCCUCGCUUUUCUUCAAAGUACACAUUUCUUCAGUGACUUAGCAAAGUUCCAAUUGACUUUGUCUGUGCUUAAAGAACCCAGGACUUUGCCUACUACAGGUCUGAACGAUGGUAUGUGGUGAUAACCUUAAUAAUAAUCUUAAGUAUAAGUGUUUAUACAUAGAGAUGCCUAACAGAAGCAAAAUGUGUAAUGUUAAUCUGUGAUUGUCUGUGCCAGUUGAGUGUAGUUGAUAUCUAAGACAUGAGAUUCAAAAAUGUUGCUAUUCCUUUAUCCUAAUGUACAACACCUUUUGUGUCUUUUAAAAAUUCUUGAAACCAGUGAAUUUUUUAAUGUGUGCAGGGUUGUGAUCCUACACACCUUCCAGUAAUGUGUGAGUCCAAGGCUUUCUGCAGAUCCACUUGUCUAUGCUUUGGAUAGCUCUUUUUCUUUUUCUUUUUUUGGUGGGUUUGUUGAGGCAGGCUGUAUCACUGCUUUGCGUUGGAAGAAGUGGGAGGCUUACAGCUGUAGCUUCAAAGGUGGGUGGGCUGGGUGAGGGUAGAGAUGUAUAAUGGGAGGGUCAACAGGGAGACUUGUAUUAAAGAGAAGACUUUAAAGGAAAAAAUAGAAUUAUUUUAUGAAGCCGCAAGAGAGGAACUAUUAUACUGGUGCAUACUAGUCAAUCGUGUUUUGAGAUUGCUGGGUAUGUUUGUGGUGUUUUGUUUUGAAGUUUGUCUAAUAUUUGAAAGAAGUAGAUGGGCAAUAUAAAAGGGAAUUUUAAUAGGAAACUCCUCGGAUAUUUUAGUACAUGAUCCCUUGGUUGAUUUAUCCCUGGCUCCUUUCCAAGCUUUUUGUCAUCAUGGUUUGUACAGGUUGAAAUUUUGCCUUCCUUAAAAUGUGCAUAAUUUUAGAAACUGGUUGAUUUAAUGAAGGAAACCCCCAAGGGCAUCAGGUUGACUCUUUUAUUCCUUUCAGUGAUAAAACAAUAGAAUGGGACACUAUUUUGUUGGAGUUUGUUCCAGGAUAAAAAGGACCCAGUACCAGAAACUGGGGGCAGGCAGAGGGACAACUUCACAUGGUGUGGUAAAGACCAUUUCCCUUUAAUGCCUCACUGCUACUUUAACAUGAAGGUAAGGCAACCUGAUUCUUUUGGAGUGGAGAACUAAAUACAUGCCUAGGAGGUGCAUGACUGUGGUUCCUGGGUGUGUAUUUACUGCAUGCCUUCAGAUGUGCAGCUUCCUUGGCACGUUUGUGCUUCCUAAUGUACAUGAUAAAAAGAAAUUCAUCUCUCCCAUAAUAACUGACGCAGUCUUGAGUGAAGAAGACUUGAAAGCCUAUUCAGAUAGUAAUUCCUCCAUUGCCAUGUGUUCUUGGAGUAGUUGCCAUCAGAAUGGAAUUGGCAGCCAGUGUCCGGCUUAUGAUUGUCAUGUGCUGAUUCAUCUACAGCUGACACUUCAGCACCCUAAAGACUUUCUCUUGUGGAGAAGGAGGCACACUGACACUAAAGUCCAACAAGUUGAUAUUGAGGAGCCAGCUGAAUGGAGUAGGGUCUGUUGGUGACUUGGUAGUCGAUUGCAUUAGUGUUGCUUCUUCUAUCUCCUUACAUCCCCAUCAAAGAGGUGCAGGCUAGGGAUAUGGACAGGUCUACAGAAAUGUGGGAAAGUUGAGUUUGCAUAGCAUCAGAAGCUACUCUGAUGCAAAAAUAGUUCUGCUGAUCUGGCUGUCUCUUUGGCCAUUUACUUGAUAUUAACAGUCUAAUUAACUUAUCAGGGAGGAGGGGAGCAGGAUUGUACCAUCAAGGUAGAGGUUGGAUCUCCCUUAUCCAAAAUGUUUGGAACCAGAAGUGGUUUGGACUUGAGAGGUGUUUUUGGAUUUUGAAAUAUUUGCUUAUAGAUAAUUAGAUAUUUUGGUGCUAGAAUUCAAGCCUAAACAUGAAAUUCAUUUAUGUUUCAUAUACACCUUAUACAUAUAGCAUGAAAGUAAUUUUAUACAUAAUAUUUUUAAUAAUGUUGUGCGUGAAACAAAAUUUGUGUACACUGAACCAUGAGAAAGCAAAGGUGUCACUAUCUCAGCCACCCAUGUGGACAAUUUUGGAUUUUGGAAUACAUUAGAUUUCAGAAUUCCAAUUAAGGAGAUUCAACCUCUAGUACAUUUGCUCACAGAGUUUCGAAUAUCUUCCCACACCAUGCCAGAAAAAAAUACAUGUGAUUUGUGGAAGUGGGGAAGCAGCAAAUGUGUGCCCAUGGGAUGCUGGGUGAGUGUUGACUUUUUUCCUCCUCAUUUGGUACACUUUGAAAACAAAUUGUUUUCAUUCCUGUUAAAUGGCAACCUUGGUCCUUGAUACAAUUUGACCACUAGAGGAUGAUGCAGAGUUAUUGUUAUUACUUAGUAACUGAGCUAUGUUUGAUGCCUUGAAUCUUUCCGAAUGUUUCCUCUUGUGAUUAGAGGAUAAAAAACAUGCUGUAGACACACUUGGUUGGAAGA